UGUUUGUUUGUUUGUUGUUAGAUGGAAGCGCCAGCGAGGCCAGGCUGUGUUCCUACAGGAGCUGGUUGAGGACCGGGGAAAGCCGGACAAACCGGCGCACGCCGUCCUGCUGGACCAGCUCUUCAGCUUCAUCGGCAGCAACCUGGAGGAACAUGUGUCGUGUUCCAGUUUCCUGUCGGCCGCGUCCGUCCGCUGGCAGCGUGGGAACUCUCGUAAACAGGCGCUCGUGCACAUGGUGGAGCUGCUGACGGCCGCGGCCAGGGUCGGCGGGGCAACGCACCUGGUCUCCGCGGUGACGUCGGUGCUGCAGCAUGGACCAAAGGUUGAGGAGCUCACCUGUGGAGGCAUGGUGAACCAGGUGCGUGAGGCGUUUGCUGAGACGAUGACCUCCGUGGUGCAGCUGGCCUCCACCUACCCCAUCGCAUGUUCCAACAGCAUCGGCCUGCUCUGUGUCAUCCCUUACACAAGAGCGGAGGAGCGUUGCCUGGUGAGGAGCGGCCUGGUGCAGCUGUUGGAUAAACUGUGCAGCCUGAGCAGCUACAGGGACCAGAGCAACACGGAGACCCAGACCAUGAAGCAGCGAGUGUCGGCCAUGGCGUGGGCGGGGUUCCAGGUGCUGUCCAACCGCUGCGUCAUGUGGGAGGACGAGGAAGGUGCGGCCAGUGCGGUGGAACACAGCGGCUUGGCGCGGCAGGUCUCGGCCCUCCUGACCAAUCACCUGGCCCGAGCCACCGAGUGCAGCGGAGACGAGGCUGCUGGGACAGAGGCUCUCCAGGAGGUUCUCAGUCUACUCAAUAACCUGUCCAGGAGUAAGCUGGGGAAGGCGAUCCUCAGCCAGCCGGCGUGCGUCUCCAAACUGCUGUCACUUUUACUGGACCAGCGCCCCUCCCCCAAGCUGGUGCUGAUAGUACUGCAGCUGUGCCGAGUGGCACUACCGCUCAUCAGUGCGGAGGACUGUGAGAAUAUCCAGCUGCCCUGCUGGGGGCAGGACAUGCACGUGUUCGAGGGCGGGAUCCAGGACCCGGCCGCCCGCAUCGCCAGUCUGCUGCUCGCCAAGCUCGGAGACUACGUCGUUCCUGGUGCCCAGACGGCCCUGUCCCUUGCAUCCCCCGACCACAGCCAGCCAUCGGCGCCAGCCUCGGCAGCAGUGCAUGGUGGGACGGGCGAUCGGGAACGGCUGGAGGAGACCGAGGCCCAGGACGGGCGCAUCGCGGUGUACGUGCACAAACGGGAGGACCAGUCGUCGCACGAGGUCAUACAGCCGCUGCUCAGUUGCGACGGGCGCCCGUUCCGACUGGGCAGCGGAGCCAACAUGGAGAAGGUGGUCAGGAUGGACAGAGACCUCACCAGGAGUGGCCGUGCAGAGGUUAUCACAGAAGACACCUAUCCACCGUCUAACUGGCUCCUGUCAGAAACAGUGCCUAGUAAAUGGAUGUAA